AUGGGUAAAAAGCUGCAUGAGUACAUCAGCCAUCAGUUUUAUAAACUGAAAGUAAUACUUGGCUUAUCUCUUGAUCCUAUAGCAAAGGAAGAGAAGGCAGUGGCAUCAGUGGUACAAGAGGCUAUACCAACUUCCAAAUUCCUGGCAGUAUUAAAACAGAAGAAAUCUGAGAAGAGAUUGAAUAUUGAAGUCAGGGCUAUUGUGCGAAACCAAGAAGAUUUUUCCUGUUCUAUUGCUCAAGAGACCCACAAUUCUUUGAUGAAUGUAAGACAGGAAGUUGUAACCUAUGACCACAGUAGAGUAAUACUAUAUGAUGUACCAAAAGGUUGGAACAAUGAUUAUGUCAAUGCCAGUUAUGUGGAUGGUUACUGUAUUUCAAAAGAAUAUAUUGCAUCACAAGGUCCUAAUAGCAGGUCUAUUAUUCAAUUCUGGCACAUGAUAUGGCAAGAGGGAAUACAUUGUAUCGUUAUGGCAACAGGACUUUUUGAAAAUGCAGUUCAACAAUGUGAUAAGUAUUGGGAGGAUUAUUCUGGUGUAAAGAAAUAUGUACAACAUGGUAGUAUUCACAUCUGGACUGAAGCAAGUGUACAUUUAGCUCAUUUAAACAUUAGAACAUUUCGUAUUCAAAAGGAAGGAAGCUAUGAUUGUAGGAUUAUCAGACAAUUUGAAAUGGUUGGUUUCCAUGACAAUGAGUGUGCUGAUCCAGGUUACAUUUUAGAUGUUAGAAGACGUGUCAAUCAUUUUAUGUCAACAAGUUUAGGACCAAUCUUAGUCCAUUGCAGAUGUGGUGGAGGGAGAACAGCUGUAUUUCUGGCCAUAGAUUAUUGUUUAAAACAAGUUGAAACUGAAGAAAAAGUUGAUAUUUAUGGUGCUGUUUUACAUCUUAGAAGAUAUAGAAAAAAUAUGGUGCGCACAUUGGGACAAUAUGGUUUAAUCUAUGAUACAGUAGCUAUGUAUAUUAAUUGUAAUUACACAGUCUUCCCUGUGGCUGAUCUACAUUUCCAAACUCCAGUUGGCUUUACAAACAGUAGAUCACUGCAAAUAGAUCAAGAAUUUCAGGUAUUACAAUAUAUUGUACCAGCAUUAUCUAUAGGAGACUGUGCUAGUGGUCAUAGAGUAGAAAAUAGAUGUAAAAGUAGAGAUAUAAUGAUGUUACCUCCUGAACGAGCCAGACCCUACCUCUCAGCUGAUACUAAUGAUAGUGGUAAUGAUUUUAUUAAUGCUGUAUAUGUUGAUGGUUUAUUUAAUAUCAAUGCCUAUCUAGUAACACAGUGGCCAAAGAAAAAUACAUUGAAUGAUAUUUGGAGACUUCUAUAUGAUUAUAAAAUAAAUUCAUUGGUUGUGUUGAAUGAUCUCAAAUUUACUAGAAGAUUCCAAAAGUUUUGGCCAAAAGAAUUGGAUGAAGAAUGUAGAUAUGGUCCUAUUAGUGUGAGAUAUUUAGGUUGUGGCAAAUACCCUGAACUCAUUAUAAGAGCUUUUGCUAUUCACAAGAUUCUUCCAAACAACCAAAGAGAGCCAAAAGAUAGUGAUUUAAUAGUAAAAAUGUUUCAAGUGACCAAUGGUAUGAGUCCAGCUAAAAUUACUAUGUCCCAUAAAUCUUUACUAUAUGUCAUGCAGUGUGUUGAUGAUUGGCAGCAAAAGACAAAUCCUUCAACACCAGUUUGUAUUUUAUCAAAAGAUGGUUGCAAUAGAUGUGGUAUCUAUACAGCCGUCAAUAUUUGUUGUAAUCAAGUGAAAAUUGAUGGUGAAUGUGAUAUUUUUAAUGCUGUAAGAAUUAUCAAAAGAAAUAGACCUCAUCUAGUUUCCACAAUAGAUGAGUAUCGGUAUAUUUAUUAUUUUAUGGCAGAAUAUAUAAGUGAAACAACACUACAGCCACAAAUUGUGAUAACUAAAGCUACAGGAAAUACAACAACAUUGGACCACAUUACACCUACAGAAGAUUCAGUCCUUUCUGUGAGGAGCAGUCGGUCAGCAAGUUUCCAAACAGCUUUGGAUGAAAUCGGAGACUAUAUUUUACCUUGUGGUUUUGACAAUAAAAAUUCAUUAAGUGCCUACAUUGCUCAAAUCUCGCCUCUUUCAACGAAAAACUGCGUCCUUAGUCUCAGCAGGACUUCAUCUGUGGACAGCUUGAACCUUUAUGAGACUCCAUUAACUGAAAAUCUAGAUGAUAGUGUCUUUUAUCAAAACAGCAUACCUCCUCAAGGUGUAUCAGAAAACUCAAAAGCAACUCAAACAUCAAAAACAAUGAUUAAUCAAGCACGUGCUCUCAAUCAGCAAACUUUACAAACAACCUCAUCAAGCAGACGACAAAAUUCACCCCACCAUGAAAGUAUUCUUCUACAUGAAAUGCCAAAAAUAGUUGUGGAGGAAAAGAAUAACAAUUUUGAUCAAAAGGAGAUUGAGGAAGCAUCAGAAGAAAGCAGCUCAAAAUUAUCCAAUGGCACAGCAUUACAUCUGACAGAUUUAGAUUCUUCCAAAAAUGGAUGA